GGGAGGCUGUUGAUUGAUAGCAAAAGGGGCGGGAUCAAACAACAUUCUUUGUGCUCCUUGGUCAGAUUGGAGUCACGUGGCCAGUUUGGAAUGCUUCUGUUCGGGUACGGUAAACGACCGUCUACAUAUGGUGUAGAAUACCAGGAAAAACAGCUAAAGACAGAGCGGCCAGCGAAAGGAGCGAGGCUGCAAGUCUAACGACAACGGCACAGAAGAGCCAUUCAGAAGAGCAAGGGGUCAAAGGUGAGAAGAGCAGAGGGCACCAUGGAGAGUGAGCCGGGGGCCCUUGCCUCCAUGGCCAGCAGUACCGGAACCGCCACCUCCUCCACCGCCAGCCCCGCCAGCACCACAGCUGCCAGCAGCAGCAGUAGUACCACUAACACCAGUACUACUACAUCUACUUUGACCACUUCCACUAGCAGUAGCAAUAGUUGUAAUAGUAGUAGUAACACUAGCAUUUCUAGUAGUUCCAGUAGUAGUGCUACAACAGGAAGACAGGCAGUGCCUCAGAUAUCUGUUUACAGUGGGAUACCUGACCGCCAAACAGUGCAGGUGUUCCAGCAGGCACUUCACAGACAGCCUAACACAGCAGCACAGUAUCUGCAGCAGAUGUAUGCUGCUCAGCAGCAGCAUCUGAUGUUGCAAACCGCAGCCCUCCAGCAACAGCACAGCCUUAGCACGGCUCAGCUCCAGAGUCUGGCUGCUGUACAGCAGGCCAGUAUUGCAGUUGGUCGACAAAGCUCUUCACAGAAUGGCACUUCAUCUCAGCAGACAGGAUCUACUCAGGCUACAAUUAACCUGACCACCUCCCCAGCGGCAGCUCAGCUGAUCAGCAGGGCCCAGAGCAUUAGUUCCACCCCCACCAGUAUUUCCCAGCAGGCUGUUCUGCUGGGCAGCCCAUCCAGCCCCACUCUCACGCCCAGCCAGGCACAGAUGUACCUGCGUGCACAGAUGGCCCAGCAGAGUAACUUAGUGCAGGUGGCCAGGAGCCUGGGCCGGGCUGUUCCUCUGUCCCCUCAGCUCAUCUUCACUCCAACAGCCACAGUAACGGCUGUCCAGUCAGAGAUCACACAGGCCUCCUCACAGAAUCAGGUCCAGAAUUUGGCCAUUCGUGGCCAGCAGGGGGCGACAUCAUCCUCCUCACAGACUCAGACCCUGCAGGCUCUCAGUCUGAAGCAGAGCCCUGUGCCCAUACAAUCUGCCUCACUGAUCAAGAAUCCCAGCCAGGGGACCCAGCCCACCACAGGGGGGAAGGCCAGCUCCUCCGACAGCCCCUCUGAAGGAGGGAAGAAGGGGGAUGCUACAGCAGUCACAGAAGUCCGAGCUAUAAACAUGAGCCGCAGUGUCACAGCUGUCAGCGCUCAGCCCCUCAUUGCUCCAGCUUACACACACUCCCUGGUUCAAGGUUCCCAGAGGACUACGGGCCAGCUGCUGCAGACGGCCUCCAUUCAGCCAUCACAGCACCCUGUCCCUGUGCUGCCCAAACCCGCUCCACACCAGCCCUCCACGCCCAGCCAGCAGGCCACCAUCUUCCACUCCACCAUCAGCCCCCACGCCCUCCACUCCUCCCUCAGCCAUGCCAAAGCUCAGCCUGUCCAACUAACUGCCAUCAACCUUCAAAUACAGCCAACAGCCUCUCGACUGGUUCAGGACAGUAAAGAUAAGCCGACCUCACUUGUGGUCAGAGAGACGUGUCCGACUCCCUCCACGCAGCAGCAGCAACAACAACAACAACAACAACAACAACAGCAGAAGCAGCAGCAAGCUGUGCUUUCCCCAUCACAACCCACCAAGUCUGUAGAGCAGCCCAAGGUCGACACAGCCACCCCAGCUGUUCAACCAGAAGGUGGAGGCUCAAUCAAGAGACAGAGUGCUUCACCUGGGACCCCACCUCCAGCCAUGACCUCAGGAAAUGAGAGCGAGGCGCCCACUGUGACAGGCAGCACGCCGCAGAACGGAGAGAACAAACCACCCCAGGCCAUCGUCAAGCCCCAGGUCCUCACACAUGUCAUUGAAGGCUUUGUCAUUCAGGAGGGAGCUGAGCCGUUCCCUGUGUGCGUGGAGCGCCUGCCCGUUCUUAUCGACAGCCCAAAGAAGCUGGAUCAUCAGCUCUCCUCAGACCCUGACAAAACACCGGUCAGCAACGCAGCAAACAGCGACUCUGAGCCCGAGGACAUGAACCAGCCAGAUAAAGAACAGGAACCCAAGCUGACAUGUGAAUACUGCGGCUGGGUCGACUUUGCCUACACCUUCAAGGGCUCCAAAAGAUUCUGCUCCGUGGUUUGUGCAAAGAGGUACAAUGUAGGCUGUACGAAGAGGAUGGGCCUUUUUCAUCCGGAGAGGACUAAACCAACGAGUCGCUGGCGUAGAAAAGCUCAAGGCCGCUCUAAUGUAGAGGCCAAGAAGCAGAAGCUGUCUCCCUCACCACAGCAGACUCAGAGUGGUUCUGUAUCCUCACCACAUCCCUCACAACCUAGUCAGGAGGAGUCCAGCCCGUGCUCAGACAUGUCCAGCUACGAGGAGCCACCCUCUCCCCUGUCAGCAGCCAGCUCAGGACCCCUGGCUCCUGCCCCGGCUCAGGUCCUCAUCCGCCGGCAGCCGAGCCGGGCCUCCGACCAGGAGGGCUGCGCUGGGAGAGAUGCGCCUUCGCUUUCUCAGCGCUUUUUACCCAGCGACCCUGCUAAGUGGAAGGUGGAAGAAGUUUAUGAGUUCAUCCGAUCACUUCCAGGUUGUCAGGAGAUAGCAGACGAGUUUCGGUCUCAGGAGAUUGAUGGACAGGCUUUGCUCCUGUUGAAAGAGGACCACCUCAUGAGCACCAUGAACAUUAAACUGGGACCUGCACUCAAGAUCUUUGCACGCAUCAACAUGCUCAAAGACUCAUAGCAGCAGAGAGAGCGUGUGUGUGUGUGUGUGUGUGUGUGUGUACGUUGAUCUGAAUGUUUGUUUGUGUGUGAAAGAGAAGAGCAGGGCAAAAGAUGUUAACGUAGCACUGAUGGCACAAAGUACUGACUGCACUAUGACCUCACCUUCUCCAUGUUACUAGACCAGUUUCUUUUGCUAAAACUCAAACUCACCCGCAUCAGCUCAGUAACCUUGUGAUCAGUUAUACAUGUGGUUUGUGGAACUGUUGGUGAUUCAUUCAUUAAGAUAGUACCUGAAACAGUGUGAGCUAAGAAGCUGUUAGUCUGUGUUUACAUCAUCACCGGGGCAGAUGGACUGGUGGCUUCACUUCUGGGGAGCUGUCACAUUGUCCAUCUUUCUGUACAGUCUAUGGUUUACAUGCACUCAGAGGAGUUAAGCAGGUUUUAUGCCACUUAGAAGCAACGUAGGCAGUGAACUAAAUUGAAAUCAGGAGCCACAGUGACAGGAAUGAGACAGCGAGGUGUUUGGACAAAGUGGGCACAUGUAGUGAAGAGACCUAUGACGGACAGAUCCACACUGCAUCAUGUUCCUAGACCAGCCAGUCCAUGAUGUCAUCCCCAUUACAUCCAACCUGCACUGUUGGAGCCUGGUUCGUACACAGCAUUGCCCUCUGUGCCUAAAGAAGGAAAGCCCGUCACAUGUUCUGAACUGCUGUCUAUAGGCACUGGGUGAAGUUCAGCAUUUGUGGCGGCGUGCUCAAGACCAUCACAGAGUCCACUGCUUUUGCCAUCACCUGUUGCCAGAGCUGGUCAUUAGCUUUGUUGGAGCAGGAAACAAACCAACCAAACCACCCAAGGCAGCAUCAGGGCUCCUCAACCCAACACAGGACUGGCAGCUGCUGGCUAAUCUGGCUCAACAGCUCAGUUUGAGGAGAUCUCUGAGAGGAAAAGGGAGAUGUAUGAUGGCCUGGUCAGUGGCUGCCACAUGCAAAGCUGUAAGGUCAGAUGCAGGUGUCUUGCAGUCCAGUCCCAUUGUCGGGCCUUCGCUGCACUUGGCAUCACAGGAGAGAAGACGAGGAAAGCCACAGCACAGAGCCUCGAGUAGGGCUGUACGAUAAAUCAUUUUGUGUGAUUUGGCUCUCUGUGCGAUCUCAGCAAGGAUAAGGGAGCGCUUCGUUUGAUACAGACACGGUAGAGUCAUUGUCACUUGAGACUGAGCUCACACAGGGAUCUAAAUCACACUCACAAAACAUUGUAUCAUGUAGCCCUAGCCUUGAGAUGGCUACGGAUUGAGAGGGGGAAUCUGUGGUCAACAGCCAGCUGCAGCAGAAGCUGAGGUCUGAUCAACCCCACCUGGGUCAACUUGGCGAGGGUGGAUGAUGUUUGAAAGAUCCAAAAUGCCUGGUGACGCCUGGUAACAUCACUGAUGAUCUGCUCUAGAUAAGAAUCAGAAGAUCAGUAGCUGUGCCAAAUUCCAAAAUGUAGACUCUCAUAUUACAUGAGAAUAUUGGAAGUAACAAGCAAGCUGUGUCUGGAUGUCUACUGGAUAAAGAAACGCAUGUUAAUGCUGGUGCAGAACAUCAUGGUCACACUGCUUUCAGACGUGGGGGUGGUCUGCCUCACACUGUGAUCAGAUCUCAGCCAGGUGUAAAUACCAUCUAUACAGUAUUUAUUUUGGCCUUUUAUGCUCUUAUUAGGGAGACGACAGUAGGAAACUUGAAAUGUGACCUAACUAUGAUUACGUUCAUAUUACAUGCUGAAAGAGAUCAUAAAGAGAUUGGAUCUGACUAAAAAUCGGACUUGAACAUUAAGGCCUGUAUUGUGAACCUAGCCCAAGGUCCUUACAGUCGGAAGGUGCCUGUCAUAAGGAGGUAAAGCAGAGCUCAUACAACAGCAUUGCUUUCCUUGAUCUGAGACCUGCUGUGCUGUGUACUUGUUUUACAUUUUAAGAUCUGAUUACAAUGCUGGCAGCAUUAAGAUGGAUAACAAGAACACUCAUUAGUACUGGGUGUAGGUGCAAAGACCUUUAUCAAAUAUUAACCAGAUAACACAUCAAUAUAGCUAAACAGAGAUUAAGUGAUAAUAGCGGUUGUGCUGUAAACGGGGUGUCAGGUUUCCCCCAGGAAGCAGCUGUAGCCAUUCAAUGGGAAAACAGUGGAGAAGAUGGAGCUAAGGUGCCUGGGUUAGGUCAUACUGCAACACAGUCGUUGCUGAAAUGAGGUACUGAGAUAAACACGAGUGAAGUCUGAAUUUAUUAGUAUAUUAGAUGUUAUUUGUACGGUUUUGUUAGUGUGUGAAAUGGCCAUGUGACAGGGAGCAGAAGAUUGCAUUCAUCAAUUUGCUCAUUUUUAUUCAGUCGAGGAUCAUUUGCCUGUUCUCAUAACAAGACUCUUCAAGCAGCUUCUUUUAUGGCAUUGAUCAUUCAGUUCAGGGGGAGCUCACUAGUUUUCUACUGUAAAUUUACAAAUUAUGUUUACCCCUGCUUUUUCAAAAUGAUUUCCUAAAAUAUAUCAGUUUCUUGUCUCAGCUUCAUAGGAGAACACUAAGUUAUCAAGGAACAAGCUGGGUACACUGCGCUCUUCACAGCUCUGCAUUUGGCACUUAAUGGUUUGUUUUUUUUUGCUUUAAUAUGAAGAGACACCUAAAGUGAGACUGGCAUUUGUGCAGCAGUUCAAACAAGCUUAUACAUUUACAUAGCAGCUCAAGCGAUGAAAAAGGACUGUGUGAAACUAAGCUAUCCUUAUUAUUUUAAAACAAAAUUUAAUGGUGUUUAAUAUUUUGAAAUAUGCAAAUAUAUAAAUAUCUUAGCCUGAGAGGAGUUUUUUUAAUGCUGUUUUUUUUUUUUCUAAUGGGGAAAAAAUAUCUAUUUCUGUUUUAUGGCUGUGAUGGAAGGUCAGCUUUUUAGGUAAUGCUUUGUUAAAUGCUUGUAUUUAACACAACAGUUUGUUACACACCAUUUUACAGUUAUAAAUAAUUUGCAGUAUAGUUCUUGACAUGUGUGUGUGUUUGUGUAGAAAAAGUUAUUUUGAACUGGACAGGGUUAUAGUUCAUUAUACUCGCCUACAGAACGAGGGUGGAAACGAUGCUGGUACAAUCCCUGUGAGCUUUUACACAACAACCGUCAAAACAAACAAAAAAAAACCCCGCCAGUGCUGGUAGUCUUCUGAUGAAUUAGUGAAUUUAUGAUGAUGUUAUUCUGAAGGAGAAACUGUUCACCUUCAGUAUUUUAAUCUCUACCACAGUGCCUUCUCAAAGACGGAUCAGAUUUAUAGGCAGCCAACACUCCAAUCGGGUUACAUACAAGAGAGAUGAAAGUGGGCAGGUCUGAGUAAUUCCAUCUUAACACUUUUCACAGGUCUGAGUAAUUCCAUCUUAACACUUUUCACAGGUCUGAGUAAUUCCAUCUUAACACUUUUCACAGGUCUGAGUAAUUCCAUCUUAAUACUUUUCACAGGUCUGAGUAAUUCCAUCUUAACACUUUUCACCACUACAGUUUGGAGGGAAUAUCAGUGUCGCUGUGACGUCUUGCCAUGCUUGAGAUUUGAGUUGUCAGUUUCACCAAAAAUGUUCUGUCUUCUCAUGUGGCUUCAUCUAAAUAAUUGUUGAAAACUGAAAGAGGUUUGUUUGUCCCACAUUUCACAAAAAAAGGUAGCAUUAAAUCAGAUUUUGCAUUAGAGCCUCUGUUUUUAUCCUCUCCUGUUGAUCAUUUAAGACCCUUCAGAUUUAUCUUGUAA